AUGACUUCGAAUAUUUUCGGACGGCACGCCGCCUCCGCGGGCACUCGAUCUUUCUACGAAGAAUUACACACCCGAGAUGACGAAGAGGACUUAGAAGACCAGGCGGGCUAUAAUAUCGACGAGGAGAAUCUGAGGCACCAAUUCAACGAUCUUGACGCGAAUGCGCUUGGCCCCUCGGACAGCCGCGUCACAGUAGCAAGCACUGCGAUGGGUGGCGUUGGCGAGCCACAGGGUCGCACAAGUUCCCGUGGUAGGCGCGGGUCCUUAUCUCGCUGGAAGUCGCCCGAAGAUGAAAUAGACAACGACGUUCCGGCGUCCUUGUUGGUCGAGCCAAAUGAUGGAGAACGCCCGAUAUCACCGUUGAUACGACCCGCAGGCUCUCGGCCGUCCCAUGGGCAACCGCACGCCAUUCCUGGCCCAUCUUCGGCGCGGGCGGACGCCCGAUGGGAUACGGCAAGAGCCCAGCAACAACUACAUGAACCGAUUCCAAAGAGGUCGCAGCCGAUAUCGCUGAUGGCUGGUCGGAUACCUGGUGGGCCCAAAGAGAAGGCGCUCUGGCGGUGGGUUAACACCUCCAACCUCGACAGCUUCAUGCGCGAUGUAUAUGAUUACUUUGAGGGCGGUGGCCUAUGGUGUAUCCUUUGUUCAAAUGCCUUGUGGCUCAUUGAGACUCUGUUCGUGGCGGUUUUGCUUACUUUCCUCACCCAAUGUGUGGAUUACAGCAAGCUCCCGCACAGCACAUCUCUUAAUCAGGUUGUGGUCGGCCAGUGUACGAGAAAAAUGUCCGGAUUAUGGAGUGUUGGCAUUUGGCUCUAUUCCUUCUUCUUUCUGUGGAAAUCUGUCCAGUAUUUCCUCGAGCUAAGGAGGCUCAGCCAUGUUCGCGAAUUUUACCUGCACCUUCUCGAGAUUCCCGAGCAGGAUAUGCAAACUGUCUCGUGGCAAGACAUAGUUGCUCGGAUCAUGGCGCUGCGUGACCAGAACCCGAAGACGGCCACUAAUAUUCCGCGAAACCUACGUCGGUUCAUCGGGAGUCAAUCGAAGGAGCGGCUAGAUGCUCAUGACAUUGCCAACAGGCUUAUGCGUAAGGACAACUACCUUAUCGCGAUGAUUAACAAAGAUGUUUUGAAUCUGUCCCUGCCAUUCCCGUUCUUAAGGGGCCGACAGCUGUUUUCAAAGACCAUGGAAUGGAACUUGCACUUUUGCAUAUUGGAUAUGGCAUUCAACGAGCUUGGGCAAGUUCGGCAAGAUUUCCUGCGAGCAGAUCGCCGGCGGAUUUUGAGCCAGAAGUUGAAGCAACGCUUCUAUUUUGCAGGUUGCUUGAACCUAUUGUUUGCCCCGGUUGUCCUGGCAUAUGUCAUCAUUGUGUACUUUUUCACAUAUUACAACGAAUAUCAGAAAGAUCCCAAGCUGGCUGCGGCACGCAAGUACACGAGGCUGGCAGAGUGGAAAUUUCGCGAAUUCAAUGAAUUACGCCAUAUCUUUUAUGAAAGAAUUCACAUGUCGAUUCCGUUUGCGACCCGAUACAUUGACCAGUUUCCGAAGCGUAUGACUGAAGACAUUGCCAGGACCAUUGCCUUUAUGACUGGGGCGCUCACAGCAGUACUGGCCAUGCUUACUAUUUUCGAUUCUGAACUUUUCCUGGGAUUUGAAAUUACGAAAGACAGGACGGUAAUUUUUUACCUCGGUGUUUUCGGAGCUAUCUGGGCUGUUACUAGAGGAAUGGUGUCCGAAGAGUCGGACGUUUUUAACCCCGAAUACGCCUUGCGCAACGUUUCCGAGUACACGCACUACAUGCCUGACCACUGGCAAGGUAGGCUCCAUAGCUUUGAAGUGAAGCAGGAGUUUGAAGAAUUGUACAAGAUGAAGGUCGUGAUUUUCUUGGAGGAAAUUCUGGGCAUCGUCACAACCUCACUACUGCUCCUUUUUUCACUCCCCCACUGCAGCGACCAGAUUAUCGACUUCUUCCGGGAGUUCACCAUUCAUGUUGACGGACUCGGAUAUGUUUGCUCGUUCGCUGUUUUCGAUUUUAAGAAAGGAAUGGGAGAUGGCCAAGCCAUGCCGAGUCACGAUGUUCGUGAGGACUACUAUUCAACCAAACACGGGAAGAUGGCAGCAUCGUACUAUGGGUUCAUUGAUAACUAUGUCAUCAACCCCAAGACGGGAAUACCGGGACAUUUGCCGCCCGGGACUCGGCAUCCCUUCCACCCUCCACCGGUCUUCCCGGCGCUCAAUUCACCGACGUUUGCGGCCGAUAUGCACGGCUCCUUCGCUGGGAGACCCGAGACUGGGAGAGCGAGGAGCCGCGGAGUUAGAGCCGGCACACGGAUGCCUCCCCCUGCACCAUCACCCAUGGCAUCGAUGCUUUUGGAUCCCCAUCAUCAACCAGCUGGUGUAAGUAACGCGACAAGAGGUCUCCACCGGUCCCGUUAUCCCCGAGGCCCAGCCUACGGAGAAAGUCAGAUUAUGGAGGAAGGUGGAGAACAGCUGGAUCAGGAGGAGGAAAUGUAUGAAGGCGGCGAUAUUCUCGAAGAAUCAGCUUGGCAGACCUCACCCGGAAGGGGUCUGAGCCGAGAUAACAGCGCUACAGACACGAAAGAGCCAGAGGCCGGGGUAUUGGGUAUGAUUUACCAACUCAGGCAGACACAGCGCUACCGGCGAGGGGGACCAGGCGUAGUUUAA